UUAAUGUAACAAAUUCGCAUUUGGAAGGAAAUGAAAUCACGGGAAUACCACAAAAGCUACUCGCUUUGUGGCUUUACUUGGAUUAUUGUACUAUUAUAUUUCCCAUAUUUGACAUUAAGUACUGCAAACGAUUUUGAUUAUCGUAUGCAAAGAGUUAAAAAAGUUUUAACUGAAGUGCCUUUAAUAGACGGACAUAACGAUUUACCUUGGAACAUCAGAAAAUUUGUAAAAAAUCAACUAAGAGAUUUUCGUUUUGGUGCUGAUUUACGUGAAAUAUCUCCUUGGUCAUCAAGUGCAUGGAGUCAUACCGAUUUAAGACGAUUAAAAGAAGGGAUGGUUUCAGCACAGUUUUGGUCAGCUUAUGCGCCAUGUUCAUCACAGCAUUUAGAUGCAGUUCAAUUAACUUUAGAACAAAUAGAUUUAAUUCGCCGUUUAGUGAGUCAAUAUCCAAAACAUAUGUCACUGGUGACAAGUGCAUCAGGAAUAGAAGAAACGCACAAAGAAGGAAAAAUUGCCAGCCUAAUUGGUGUAGAAGGUGGACAUGCUAUAGGGACAAGUUUAAGUGUAUUAAGAAUGUUUUAUCAAUUAGGUGCUCGAUAUUUAACAUUAACUCAUACGUGCAAUACACCUUGGGCAGACUGUUGCAAAGUAGAUGAACCUGGAAAAGUUCCUCAUAUUGGGGGACUAUCGCACUUUGGCACACUAGUUGUAUCAGAAAUGAAUCGUUUAGGAAUGAUUGUCGAUUUAUCACAUGUAUCGGUUCCAACAAUGCUUGAUGCUAUAGCAUCAUCGAAAGCGCCCGUUAUAUUUUCACAUUCUUCAGCACAUGCGAUAUGCAACAGUUCAAGGAAUGUACCAGAUCAUGUACUAAAAAAAAUCGCUAUAAAUGGAGGUUUAGUUAUGGUAGCAUUUUAUCCACAUUUCGUAAGCUGCUCUGAAAAUGCCAAUUUGGAGGAUGUUAUCGCACACAUCAACCAUAUAAGAGACGUGGCUGGUAUAGAUCAUGUUGGUAUCGGUGCUGGAUACGAUGGUGUUAAUUUAGUGCCAAAAGGCUUAGAAGACGUAUCAAAAUAUCCGCAUUUAUUCGCAACUCUACUUAAAUCGGAGAAAUGGUCAGAAAAAGAUAUAGGAAAAUUAGCUGGGAAAAAUUUAAUACGAGUUUUUAAGGAAGUAGAAACGGUACGCGAUGAAUUAGAAAUAAAAGGCGUUUUACCUAUAGAUCAAUCAAUUCCACCGCAAGAUAUUCUAGGAAGAUCAUAUUGUCGUUAUGCUGGACCAAGAACGUAGUCUUUAAUUAAAUUCAUACAAAAACAAACAAAUUUUUUUUAAUCAUAUGAAUAUCAAAAAUAAAAACAAGAAUACAAAAAACGAUAUAAAUUUAAAAAUUAAAUAAAAUAAAAUUUAUGUAGAUUAUUAUAUAAAAACAAAAAAAAUAUAAAUAACUUAAUUAUAAUAAUUAAAUUUGAGAUAAGAAAUUUGUAAGUUAAAACCAAAAACUAAUUUAAUUAUUACAAAG